AGCUGCAUCGUGUCGAUGUUUCCUUCUUCACAAUGCUGGAAGAAGCACAGAGAUGGCAAUAGCGACAGUAAGAUAGUGAUUCUGCUUGCUCCUUGUUUUCGUGUACUAUUUCUUAUAAAAUAUUAAAAUUUUAUUUAGUUAAUAAACAUUAAAAUGAUUCAAUCUGCUUUACGUAUGACGAAAUUACCUAUAUUAAAGGGAAGUGCGUCAGCUGAUGGUCGAUUGACCUUAUUGUUUGCCAAUUUAAAUAUAACCUCAAAAAACAUUUGCACUACCUCUUUAUCUAGGAAAGUGAUUCGUAUAGAUAAUGAAAAAGUGAAGGUUGGCAGUAACUCGAAAUAUGGAUUAGUAGACGGAGAAACUACGAUGGAAACAAUGAAUAUUAAUCAACAGCAACAUCUAUUUCCUAAUGAAGAUACACCAAAUCGACUCUUUGAUGGUAGACCGUUUAAAGAUAUACAUGUUGUUAAUAUAAAAUCAACUCCUAAUAACACAAUUAUGAACUUCAAAGAAGGUCGUGGUAGAGUAUUAAUGCUGCAUUCAGCUGGUAUAGAAGGUUUUAAGAAUGCUAAGAAAGGGACAAACCUUGCUGCUCAACAAGCAGCUAUUACACUUGGCAAUCGUAUUCGUGAAUAUGGUGUAAAUACAAUAAGAAUAAAGGUACAAGGUAUUGGUCCAGGUAGAAUGUCUUCUAUAAAAGGUUUACAAAUGACAGGAUUAAAUAUUAUAUCAAUUACGGAUGCUACUAGAGUAAGUUGGAAUCCACCUAGACCACGAAAACGGAGAAGGGUGUGAUUAUUAUGUAUUAUGAUUUAUUAUUAACUGUGAACAUAUAAUUGGAUAUAUUAAUAGAUAUAUUAUCUUA